UUUAAUUCAAAGUGUUAUACUUUUUAUGUUAAUUUUGUACCUAAUAUUUGUAUUACAUCCUACCAUACUCAUCUUAUGUCAAAUUACAAAAACUUUAGUGAAUCAUUUGGGACAUGCAAUAUAUGUUAAAUUCAACACAAAUUUUUCAAUGCAUAAAGAGAUUAUGCAAUAUAUACAUGAGCGUAUAAAUAAACUCUCAUAAAGAGGCAUGAUCUCUUUUGCUUUUAGUAGGCGCGACAUUCUACCGCGUCUCUUGAUUUACAAGUAUAUUGAAAAUUUCUAAUUUGAUUAAAUCAAAGUGCCGCCCUCAUGUAUAUAAUUUUAAGACAUAAAAAAUAAACUAUAAUUUUAGUCCAAAUAUAAAAUGAAAUGUAUGGCAGGCAUUAAAUUAACAAACAUUUCCAAUGAUAAGACUCUAGAUGAAAACAAAUUUUUCUGGAAUAUUUUUUCUUAUAAAUUUCCUGUUAGAUAAUAUCUCAUGUUACAAUAAGUCAUGCAUCUUAUAUGAGUUAUAUUUUUAUCUUAAUUUCAAUUCUACAAAUUGCUAAUUUAUUUGAUAUAUCAGCAAAAUAUUAUAUUUGUACCGUAGUCAAUAAAUGAUAACGUUGCUAUGGUACGAAUUUAUAAUCAAACAAUAUUUUUUCCUUCAUUUGUAGAUUGCGCUCAGUCGUAAGCAGCAGAUAAGUUGUCGCAUAUAUAUUCGUGAUAACUUGCUUUCACAGACCAGUGAUAACAAAGUUUUUCAAGUUAAAGUCAGUUGAGCGAGAUUUUGAAUGUAACAAUCGAUUCCGUGAGCUAAGUUAUUAAACAUGUCUUUUAAAGAUUUGAAAGUGGAAUGCGUCGAGGAUGAACUGGCGACUGAACUAUCCGAAUUGUAUCCGAUUUUUAAACGCGGUUUCGUAAAAGUUGGUAAAAAGAAAUGGUUCCUGCCGUAUAGAUAUGUCGAGGACGGUGACAAGAUAUAUAAUUUUGAAGUUCGUCCAGAUGACACAUGGAUCAUUACCCAUCCUAGAUCAGGUACAACGAUGAUGCAAGAACUUGUAUGGCUAGUGGCGAAUGAGAUGAAUUUCGAUGAGGCAAAUCGAAGAUCUUUAACAGAGAGAUUUCCCUUUCUAGAAAUAGGAGUAAUGAUAGACCGCAAUGUUCCUGAUAGGAUUAAUGUUGAAAAAAAUAGCGUCGAUUUUGUGCGCGAACAACCUUCGCCGCGUUUCAUUAAGAGUCACAUGCCUUUCGAAUUGUUGCCGACAGUCGUAAAUAGCACUUGUAAGGUUAUUUAUGUUGCAAGAAAUCCAAGAGACGUGGUAGUAUCAUGGUACAAUUUCCAGAAAACCUUGAACAGUGUUCAAUUUCAAGGAACUUUCGAACAAUUUUGUAAUCAUUUUAUGAAUAAUCACAUAUAUUGGAGUCCAUAUUGGGAGCAUGUGAAGGAAGCUUGGACGAUGAGGCACAGAGCAAAUAUGAUGUUCCUGUUUUAUGAAGAUGUAAUAAAGGAUUUCUCAGGGAACAUAAAGAAAAUUGCUGCAUUCUUCGAUAAGACUUACAAUGAUGAACAAAUCGCUGGGUUAGUGGAGCAUUUAAAAAUAGAGAAUUUUCGAAAAAAUCCUAUGGUGAAUCAACCGAGUCCCAACAUGCAACCGGACAUGUUCAUCCGGCAAGGAAAGGUUGGAGGUUGGAAAGAAUGGUUCACGCCGGAGAUCGAGGAGAAAUUUAACAAAUGGAUCACUAACAAUUUAAAGGAUACAGAUUUGGCUUUUCCAAAUUAAAUCUGUUUCUCGAUAUAAAUAGUGAUAUUUACAAUUCAUGAACUUUUUGUACAACUUGAAACAUGAUACAAAUAAGCAAAGUUAGUAACCAAAGGUAUUUAAAGAAUUUAUGAUAUUGAUUUUUAUAUUGUUUAAUUGAAAAAAAUCUAUCGCUCUAAUUCAGCUGAAUUUACUAUUUUGUCUAUUUUCUUUUACUUUCCAGCUACUUUUAUUCAGUAUUAAAGAUGUGUCUUAUAACAAUAUAAUAUUAAUGAUUUUAUAAUAGUAUUAUAAUAAAAAUUUUAUGAAUA